CUUGACACGGGUCUGAACCGGGAUAGUUUAUGUGUGUCCAUCAUGUUUCAGCUGUUUUGUAACGCUGGCUGGAGGCGGGUUUAACUCUGCUGCUCUGUUACCGAAUACCCGUUACGACCCGGGUUAAAGUGUCGCUGUCCGGUUAGCACGGCUCCGAUUCAGGGCUAAAACAUGUCCCGGGUUCUGAUAGUCGGAGCGGGUCUGACAGGCAGCUUGUGCGCAUGUCUGCUGAGGAGAGAGCUGCAGAACAAAGUUCAAAUCGUGGUGUGGGACAAAGCGAGAGGCUCAGGUGGCAGGAUGUCCACCACUCGUCCUUCAGACCCCUCAGCUCACUUUGCUGAUCUUGGAGCUCAGUACAUCACCGCCACAGCUGCCUACGCUAAGUCACACCACAGUUUGUACUCAGAGCUGCUGUCUGCUGGAGUCCUGAAGCCUCUCAACGCUCAGAUUGAAGGACUGAAGCACAAAGAUGGCAGCAAGGACUACAUGACACCACUGGGCAUGUCCAGUAUAGUCAAACACUUCCUGUCUGAGUCAGGAGCAGAUCUGUUCUUUGAGUGUCAUGUGACUGGCCUGUACCGCCGUGGUGCAUCAUGGGAGGUCCAGAGGAAGGCAGGAGGCAGCGAGAUGUUUGAUGCCGUCGUCCUGACGAUGCCGGUCCCUCAGAUCCUGCAGCUGGAGGGAGACGUGGGACAAAUGCUGUCUGUCCAGCAGAAGCAGCAGUUGGACGGAGUCGUGUACUCGUCUCGUUUCGCCGUCGCCCUCUUCUUCCCUCCGGACACCGUCUUCAGUUUCUCCUGGGCGGCUCGAUAUGUCACCGACAACACCUGCAUCUGUUACAUCGCUGCGGACUCCCGCAAACGCAACGCAGACGCUCCUGGUUGCGGUCCGUCUCUUGUCGUCCACACCAGCGUCCCAUUCGGCCUGGAGCACCUGGAGAAGGACAAGGAGGACGUCCAGCCAAUCAUCUUACAGGAACUUCAGAAGCUACUUCCUGAUCUACCUCAGCCAAUCAGCAUCAAGUGUCAAAAGUGGAGGUACUCGCAGGUGCUGACCUCAGUGCCAGACUGUCCAGGUCACAUGACCGUCCUUGACCGCCCGCUGCUCGUCUGUGCCGGUGACGCCUUCGUCCACUCCAACUUUGACGGCUGCGUGGAGUCUGCACUGAGCACGCUCAGUGUGCUGAAGGCCUCGCUGUGACGCGACAGGAAGUGACUCAGACUGUGGACGAGUUUCUGAGACGCCUUCAGAUCAGUGAUCAAUACAGGUCAUCAGUGAACACGUGAACAAUUUAUGAAGUGAUUAAUUUUAUUUACAUAUUAAUGUUUCAUUUAUUUUAUUGAAUGCACAUUAAUCAAAAGUUCAGCUGAUUUAUUGAUCUGAUGUUUCAUUGAUUGUUUUUCACUGAUUAAAUUAACAAAUGUGAGUUUAAUAAUUCUGUGUCCUAAAAUAUCAAGGUCAGUUUAUCAGUGGGUUAACUUAAACCUGGUUUAUCUGAGGGUUAACUUAAACCUGGUUCAUCUGAGGGUUAACUUAAAUUAAUAAAUGUGAGUUUAAUGAUUCUGUAUCCUAAAAUAUCAAGGUCAGUUUAUCAGUGGGUUAACUUAAACCUGGUUUAACUUAGGGGUUAAGUUAACCCUGGUUUAUCUGAGGGGUUAACUUGAACCUGGUUUAUCUGAGGGUUAACUUAAACCUGGUUAUCCGAGGGUUAACUUGAACCUGGUUUAUCUUAGGGGUUAAGUUAACCCUGGUUUAUCUGAGGGGUUAACUUGAACCUGGUUAUCCGAGGGUUAACUUGAACCUGGUUUAACUUAGGGGUUAAGCUAACCCUGGUUUAUCUGAGGGGUUAAGUUAACCCUGGUUUAUCUGGGGAUUAACUUGAACCUGGUUCAUCUGAAGGUUAACUUGAACUUGGUUUAUCCGAGGGUUAACUUAAACCUGGUUUAUCUGAGGGUUAACUUAAACCUGGUUUAUCUGAGGGUUUACAUCAGAGUUCAGCCUCAGAUUGUUUUAUGUUUGACUCUUUGAUCUCAUGUGAUGAACUCAAACUAAUAAACUUUAUGUGUAAACUGAUGGUUCUUGAUGAUGUGACAAACUGAAGAGAUGAGGUCACCGGGUUGGACUGAGCCGAGGCAAGAGGCCAGACUGUCUCACCUGUGGGCUGACAGGUGUGCCCCAGGUGAACUGAUAACUGUGUGUCAGCUGAGGUUGUGUGUGAUGAAUAAAGUGAAGACGCUU